AUGAGUGCAGCAGCACUGGACCUCGCCGAGCCACUCUUGCAGCCGGCGCGACCACGCAGUACAAUGCGCGCUACGCAUGUGUUUGGUCUGCUCUGCGCGAUCAACUUGCUCAACUUUAUCGAUCGCGGUGUCAUUCCCGGCGCGCCGAUCGAGUUUCAAGCGUUCGUCCAAGCAUCGUAUGGCGUCGCCCCAUCCCACGUCAGCGUCUACGUCGGUCUAUUAGCGUCGGCCUUUAUCGCAUCGUACUCGAUCUCGAUCUGCAUCUUUGGGUACCUCUCCAUGACCCACCGGCCGUUCGUGCUCGCAGCCAUCGGGCUCUUUGUCUGGGUGGGCGCCCUUCUCUUGUGCGGCCUGGCCAAGCCGUGCGACAGCUUCCUCCUCCUGCUCGUCGGCCGCCUCUUCUCGGGCAUCGGCGAGUCGUCGUUCCACGCCACGACGCCGGCCUUCAUUGACGAAUUCGCACCGCGUAGCCGCCGGACCCUCUGGCUCGGCUGCUUCUACGCCGGUAUGCCCGCCGGCACUGCGAUCGGGUACUCGUAUGGCUCGAUCAUGGCGCAGACGCUCGGGUGGGACGUCGCGUUCUACGCCCUCGGCAUCGCGAUGCUGCCGCUCGCCUACAUGUGCUGGGCGUGGAUCCCGCCCGAGUUUAACCACCCGCUCCGGGCCAUCGUUCCCAAGUGCCAUCAUGACGACGAUGACGACGACGAUGACGACUCGGGCGUCACCGCGGACGUCACAGACACGGAGCUGACACCGCGGCGCUCAGACGCCAGUCCUGCGAGUGCCGAAGCCAUCGAAGUCGACGGCGACGAGGACGACGGGCUUCUUUUGCAAGAAACACAUGGAACAGCUCCGCCGCCGCUCUGCGCAGAAGUGCUUGCGAUCGUACACGACCUGCUCUUCGUGAGCGCGAGUCUCGGCCUCGCAGCCUUUGCGUUUACGAUCGCGGGCCUCGGCGCCUUCGCGCCGUCGAUCCUCAUUGGCUAUGGCCUCUUGGAUGCUGCGACGGCACCCACCGUCUUUGGCGCGCUCGUGGUCGUCACCGGGGUGCUCGGAUCGCCCAUCGGCGGCAUUCUCCUCGACCGCAGCUGCCGCACCCGACCCGACGACGCGCCCUAUCGUGUCUACAUGGCCGCGACGCAGAUGCUCGCUUUCCUCGCCGUCGGCACCGUAUGUCUCUUCGUGUCCAUGGCGUAUCUCGCCACGCCGUGGGCUUUCUUUCUUCUACAAGCCCUCGGCCUCUUUGCCCUCUUUGCGGCCCAGGCAGCGACCACCUUGGUGAUUCUCCUCAGCGUCUCGCGCGCGCGCAGAGGGUUCGCCAUGGGACUGAACACGUUGGUGCUGCACGUGCUCGGCGAUGUGCCGUCGCCAAUCGUCCUUGGCGCGCUCAAAGACCGCUGGGCGCCUCGCUGCGGCAGCGUUGUGCUUCCCGACGGCGCGUUGGCCCUCGACCCCGCCUGCGUUUUAGAUACACCGGGACUCACCAAGACGCUUCUCUUCGCCUACUCGUGGCUCCUCCUUGCCGUCGUGGCCUGGAUAGGAACCUACGCCGUGGCCAAGCGACGACUGCGGUGCACGGACCUCGUGCCAUGCGGUAGUCCGACCGCGCAUCUUUGA